UCAAAAUCCCACCCAGAUUUUCGCGGCACACCAAGCAGAUAAUGGCGGCACACACUUUGAGAAUCACUGGUUUAGGCAUUGUCCUUUUCGGGGAUUCCCCGGCCUGCGGCGCUGCCACGCACAUAGCAAGACAAACCUCAUUUCAGGACUCAUUGGGGGACUUGCCGGGACCUGCAGGACUUUGGUCACGCGUCCCAACCUGCCACACGCCCUCGGCACCAUGCCCACGCCCUUGUAUGGGAGCGUGGGCGUGACGGGCCUCGCCAGACCCCUGCUGCUGCCUCAGACUCCCAUUGGAGGGGUUGGCGGGAGGACAAACGUGAGGUGCCACUUCCCGAAGCCCAGUGAGAAGCGGCGAAUCAAGCGGCAUGGCUGGGAGAAGCGCAUGUCCUCCUUCAAUGGCCGGGAGAUCCUGAGGCGGAGGAUUCUAAAGGGACGCCAUGUGCUCAGCCACUAACACAGGUCCCCAGAGGCUGGUGUGGCCGCUGUACAAACUCAUAGAUAUAGGCUGUUUCUGAUCCAUUGAUGUACCUAGACUGGAUGAGGAUCUUGGAUGCCAUGUUCUCAACCACUAACAGGUCCUUGGAGGCCUAUGUGGCUGCUGUACAGAGAUAUAAGCCAUAUAUGACUCGCAUGAAUAAGUGUACACCUAGACCAAUAAAAAGGAUUGGAUGAGA